CGAUAGGCGAUUACAUUUUGUUGUCGCGUUGUCAAAAGAAAAAAGCGAAGGAAAAUCUCCUGGAAAAAGAGUUUUUCCUGCCUGCCACACGCACUUUUCACAAUCACCGAGGGCCGGAAAAGCGCAGCCAGAGUACACGCGACAUGGGCAAGAAGGAGGAAAAGUCACAGCCGGGCGAGGAGCUCGUCAAGGUCAACAAGUGGGAUGGCUCGGCGGUGAAACACGCCCUGGAUGAUGCGGUGAAGACCUGCCUUUUGGGCGACCGGCCGCAGCUGAAGGAGCAAUUCGGUCUGGUCAACACCCGUUUGGCCCUCUGCGCCCUCGCCGUUCUGGUGGCCAUCAUGGCCCACGCCUGGGACUUCACCCACCCCUUCCCGGAAUCCCGGCCAGUGCUUCUGUUCAGUGUCCUCGCCUACUUUGCCCUGCUGGGCGUGCUCACCCUGCACUCGAGUUUCCGCGAGAAGGGCACCUUUGCGGUGGCCCUGCAGAAGGACAAGGAGCGCGAGCGCCUGUGGGAGGCCAGUUCGGAUAUGAGGAAGUACGACGACAAGUAUCUGCUGACCCUCAGCGUGCGCGACUCCUCGGCGAAGAAUGGAAAGCGGCGCGAGCAGAGCAGCAGCAAGUCCUGCGCCGCCUUCAUCGAUCAGAAUGGCAUCGUGCUGGACAACCUGGUGGCCAACGAGGUCAAUCGGCUGUUCAACGCUUUGGCCGCCGACAAGAAGGACAAGUAGCUGGCCAGCUGAAGGUCCCACAACUGGAAUCUAAACCUCCUUUUUUUUUCUUCUAUAUAAAUAAACCAUAAACCUUACUUAAAUGUCCCAUUAAA